AUGGGCUCAAUCGCAAUCACCGACCCCUUGUUCGAGUCCGUCCGCCUGGGUGCUCUGACUCUCAAACACCGCGUCAUUUUGGCACCGUUGACACGGAUGAGAGCGGGCAAGGAGUCGGAGGGUGUUUAUGUUCCCAAUGAGCUGAAUGUCGAGUACUAUUCGCAGCGAGCUUCGGAGGGAGGGUUUAUGUUGACGGAGGCAACUCCGAUUAGCAGACAUGCUGCUGGAUACCCAGGAGUCCCUGGCAUCUUUACUUCCUCGCAGAUCGCGGGCUGGAAGAAGGUUACCGAUGCCGUGCACGCUAAGGGUGGUUAUAUAUACUGUCAGUUGUGGCACGUUGGGCGCGCGACUGUUUCCUCCUUCAUUGAAGGAAAGGAUGUUCUUGGAGCUAGUGAAAUCCCAAUCAGUGGAAACGCACUCGAUGGGUCUGAGUACGCGGGAUCGCCACCUCGGGCCAUGACUGUGGAGGAAAUUCAAGAUACAGUGAAGGACUACGUUGCUGCGGCAAAGCGAGCCCGCGAGGCCGGAUUUGAUGGAGUCGAGGUUCACGGUGCCAAUGGAUAUCUCCUUGACCAAUUCCUCCACGACAACGUCAACACCCGCACCGACGAAUACGGCGGCAGCAUCGAAAAGCGAUCUCGCAUCAUUCUCGAAGUCCUCAAAGCCGUCAGUGCCGAAAUCGGAGCCGACCGCGUCGGCAUCCGCCUAUCGCCUUACAACUAUUUCCAGGAUACACGGGAUUCCAACCCCAGCGCCAACUGGCUUUCUCUGUGCUCGCAGAUCGCCGGAUUGUCGGAGGAAUCGCGGCCCGCAUACGUGCACAUGGUUGAGCCCCGGUUCGACGAAGUGAUGGAUGAAGCCUCAAAGAUUGACUCCCUGGCUUCGGAUAAGCCGUCACUGGAUGUGUUCCGGCCGACGCUGAAGAAGGGAGGGAUCUCAUUGCUGGCGGCUGGAGACUUCAACGCUGAGAAUGCGGGUGCUAAGCUUGCGACCGAUGGAGCAGAUGCUGUUGUGUUUGGUCGUUAUUUCAUCUCGAACCCUGAUCUGCCGCGUCGGUUGAAGGAGGGUUUGCCUUUGACUCCCUACGAUCGCACGACAUUCUAUGGUGCUGAUCCUGCCGAGAAGGGUUAUACUGAUUAUCCUUUCUAUAGCAAAUAG